AUGCAAAGCUUUGUCAAAAGAAAACCUUUUUCAGGUGUUCCACAUGCAUUGAUUGCGGCGAAUGCCAUUGAUUGCCUGUGUGAUUUGUUUUCAUCGAAGAAUGACACAACAAUUGGUGUGGCAUCGAUUGCAUUAGGAUAUUUAUCGUACAUUCACGAAGGAGAACGAAAAUUAUUGCAUAGAUGCCGAGGGGAAUUGGACAUAAUGGCUUUCCUUAAAGUUUACAAUUGCUUACCUGGUCAACCAUCCCGUUUAUCAAAACACUUACUUGAAUCUUGGGACCGAUACAGUGUGUUAAAACUGCCUAAAUUACGGUCACGUGGAUCGAAUGUUCGAUACUAUCAAGUGUUUUCCAAUAAUAUCGAACGAUUACGCGUUCCAUCAUCUACAACAGUUGAAAAAGAAUCCAACAGAUCUUCUCCAGUCAAAUUCUAUUUACCACCUAUCCGUUCGAAAGUUCACUAG